AUGGUUGCCACGUACUUUCCGGCUCUCUUCCCCAAGAUCGCCGCUCUGGCGCUGCUCUCGCUGUCCCCUGAUCAGGAACUGUGUGUGACCUACACACAGUUCACGGAUUCUACCAAUGAACUAGAGGCUGUACGGUAUACGCAAUGCCAAAGUACGGAACUCACGUCUGCCACGCCGGCAGGGUAAGUUUUUCGAGUUUUUGAAGGUUUACUUUUUAAUUUUAGUAGUUUAGUUGGUGUUUACAUAGAGCUUGGUAGAUUUUUUGAUAUUUUUGUCAUGCCAUUUCUUUAUAUGUCGUGACAUUUUAGAGUAUUCAAAAAGGUCUCUUCCGAGUACAAAUUGCUGCAGCUGUACCCGGUGAACACGGCACUUGACUCGAUCGUCUAUAGUGGUUUGCUCAUUGUUAAUGAGUAAGUUAAUUUUUCUCCGAUGAUAGUGUUUCACCUUUUGUUAUGAAUAUUGUGUGUUAAACUAGGGACACAUAUUUUGUUUUUAGUAAAACCCAGCUCAUUGGGCUGUCGCUGUUAAAGCUGAAACCAGGCGAAUCCAAGGAGUUGGAAAGUUCUGUGAGGGCUAUGGAACCUCAAUUCGGUGUCGGUAAUGGUCACAUCUUUUACCAAGAUUGCAAAAACAAUGUCACAAUGAACUUUGACUUGGUCAGUUCAGGCAAUGUAGCAUUUCUAACGACUCAUGAAGGUUUGACCAUCUGUGGCAAGCCAGUAUUCGGUCUGACUAAGGAUGGACUUUUGUGGACGAAGGCAAAGGGAUGUUGGAUGGCAACAACCUGAAACCUUCGGGUUGUUCAGAUGUCACCGAGCUGGUCUUUACAGUGGUAGGUUUUUAAUUUGUAUUUUUAAGCUUUUUUAUAUUCUUCAACAGGUUUUGUGGGUUUUAGUUGUUUUUUCAUUUAAAAUUUAAUUUUACUUUAAAGUUUUUGAAAAUUAGUAGAAAUGUUAUUGAAAUCUAAUUGAAAUUUUAACUGUUUGUUCCAGGAAGCCUUGGUGAACAUGGAUCCCACGAUCUCCCAAGAUGUGGACCAGUCCGACUUGAAGACGCUGCUGGUCUUGGUUCACAGCCAGUAAGUUGAUUGUUUGAGUUUUUAAAAAUUAUUUUUUGUCAUUUUUACUCAUUUUCUUAUUUUUACCUUAAUUUUCGAAAACUUUACACUUAUUUUUCAGGCUCGCUCCACAGACCACCACCACCAUCACCACCACCCCGACGGAUGACACUGAUAGUUUGGAUGAUACUGAAAGUGAAUUCAGUGGAAAUACGACCAGGCCUCCUUACACGGGCGAGUAAGUUGAUUUUUUAAUUUUUGUGUUUUUUGAAGAUUUUGUUAAAAAUUUUGAUUUUUGAAGUUUUUGAAAAUUAAAAAAUUGAAACGAUCAAAAUUUGCAUAGACUUUAGGCGUCAAACAUAGUUUUGUAUUUUAAUUUUUUUAAAAUUUUUUGAUUUCAGCCUGCUCGACAAGACUGCCAUUGUCGUCAGUUCCAUAAUGAUCAUCGUUAUCACUUUCUUAACGGUUGUUUUCGGUUUCUAUCUUACCGACUGUUGCAAACACUUGCCGAGGCGACUCCCACUGCCUGAUGAAUAUCGCAAGAGACACUCGUCUACUUCCUCAAACAGCAGCACUUCUUCAUACACCGGCAAUUCCUCAGGCACCAGCAAUCCCUCAGGCACCAGCAAAGACCACGCCUCCAAGACCAGCAACGCCAGCAAUUCCUCAGCCAACAGCAAAGACCCCGCCUCCAAGACGAGCAGCAACCCCAGCAAUUCCAAGUCUGGCACUGAAAAGAGCAGAAAGUCGUCCGGAUCUUCCGGAACAUCGACCAAUUCCAAGAAGCGCGGCAAGUCCAAGAAGUCCACAGGAAAAUCGGAAGACUCACAUAUGUCGGGAGAAUAUGUCUCAAUUACUUCUUGCGAAGUGCCAACCCCGUCCGGAAGACACACCAGAAUGGAUAUGGAUAUAUAUAUAUGA